AAAGAUCACUGUAGAGAUCUUAUAAACAGAAAAACAGAAGCAUUCAGAAAGACUUGAAUGAGGAGGAGCAGGAGAGAAACAUAUGAGCAUGAGAACAGAAGAGUGUCACAGAAGUGGGAGAGUUUAUACAUGGAAGGAACAACAAAAGCCUUCGGAAUAUGAGUGAGAGAUGAAGUACUCUGAUCUGACGAUACAGGCAAAGGAUUUCACUGCAAAAAUAACCCAAGGUGGCAAUAGAAAUCAAACCACUGGUCAAAGAUGUGGGCUUUUGUAGGGGUGAUCUGUCUCUCUCAGUGUAUUAUUGGUCAACUGCUGGAGGCCAGAUCCAAAGGAGCCCCACCUCAAUUUAUCUGCAGCAUUCCAGGGUUGCCAGGGUCACCAGGAAAGCCUGGCCCCCCAGGUCCACGAGGCGAGGAUGGCCAGGUCGGAAUCCCAGGAAGAUAUGGGAGGGAUGGACGGAAAGGAGAGAAGGGAGAAAAGGGACACCCAGGAUUCAAAGGUAGAGUUGGUCCGACAGGAAAGCUUGGGGAACGUGGAGAAAGAGGUCUCACUGGGAAACGUGGUCCUGGUGGUGAUCCUGCAGAUCCAGGACCUCCUGGUUCUCCAGGACGUCUUGGAGAAAAAGGUGACAAGGGUCAGCGUGGCCCUCCAGGAGCACCAGGCAUCUGCAAAUGUGGAAGUUUGGUUCCUAAAUCCGCCUUCUCUGUAGGCAUCACCAGUAGCUACCCCACUGAGCAAGCUCCAAUCAAAUUUAACAAAGUUCUCUUUAAUGAGGGUGGACACUACAACCCAGAAACAGGAAAAUUCAUUUGCGCUUACCCAGGAAUCUACUACUUUUCUUAUGACAUCACUCUGGCCAACAAGCACUUGGCCAUCGGGCUGGUCCAGAAUGGACAGUACCAGAUCAAGACCUUUGAUGCUAACACUGGAAACCAUGAUGUGGCGUCUGGCUCGACAGUGAUGUUUCUGAACCCAGAGGAUGAGGUUUGGCUGGAGAUCUUCUACAGAGACCAGAACGGCUUGUUUGCUGACCCUGGUUGGGCAGAUAGCCUGUUCUCUGGAUUUUUGAUUUAUGCAGAUACAAACUAUCUGGACACACUGGCGGAGGACUACAAAUAGAGUCAAUAGCAGACACUUUGGCCCGGUUUCAUAGCUGAAGCCAGGACUAUGACUUAGUUAAAUAGGGAUAUUUAAAUCGCUUUUAUAAAAAUGCCUUAGAAAAAAAGCAUUGCUGAUGUGUAUCUUGUGACAAAACAAUAGCACAUUAUGGCCAGUUAUUUUCCAUGAUGAGAAAAAUAAAGUGACCUUGAAUGACCAUAAAAGGGUUUAUUUAUUUUGUUUAUUCGAUGCAUCCUUGAUAUCGAGAACACAUCUGGGUACUUUCAUGCAUUCUCUGUUCUUGUGUUCUUAAAUAUUGGAACUGGACUUUGAUGGUUAUUGAUGAUGUAGAGCGAGAACACGAGGACACAAGACAGCUGAAGAACGCAUAUUGAGAAACGGCCAAUGUUUGUAAUUUAUUAAGUUGUGUCCCAAAUGACAUACUAUACACUAUGCACUUAUAUGGGCAUUCGUGGGCUGCAGUUAAUUUCCGGUACACAUUCACAAACAAUAGAGUGCAUGUAGAUUAUUUCUGAUAACAAUCAAAAGAAACCGAGAAGAAGACUUCUUUUUCGAAGCUGCUAGCGUCUGUUUUACAUUAUAAUCCCAUGGAGUAAACCGUGUUUUCAAAAAACUUAUUUUUCUGCAGCUCAGGGGGUCUUUUUAAGUUGAAAAAAGUUAAACUUUUCUGAAAAAGUACGUCAAGUUCCUUUUCUAUGGGAUUACUUUUGUGUCAAUAAAAAUGAAUGCAAACUUUGAAAAAAAAAAAAAAUAUAUACAAUGAGAAAGAAAAAAAAACACUUCGAUAAUGAAAACAAUAAACUCAAUUGCAAGAAUGUGAAAUGAUUUUCAAAUAAACUGCUAUUUUUCUUAACAAUUUUCCAAGUUUCGUUUUUGCAAAUAAUAGUUUUGAAUUCCCUGCUAGAUUUUUCAUGUGCGCUUUUCGAGUUUUCGUUUGCCUUUCUGGCACAAACCUCACGUGUGGGCGGGACUUAUGGCCACUUUACUCUCAUUGGUUAGUGAGAUUUGGAUUGACAGCUCCCUGACCAGGAAGUCGAUACUGAAGACAGCGGAUCAGAGAGCAAUCUGCUUGCGGUUUUCUGUAUUGUAUUGUUUUAAUGUUUGUACUUAAAUUACUUUCUUAUAGUUAGUAUAUUAGCAGGGUUUCCAACUUUCAGGCACUUAAAAGUAGGACACGCUUCCAGGCUCUAUCACACCGUGAUACAGGAUGGCAUUUCCUGUGUAGCUCAGUUGGUAGAGCAUUGCGCUAACAACGCAAGGUUGUUGGUUUGAUCCCUGGGAACACACACUGACAAAAGACAUGUAUAGACUAAAUGCAUUGUAAGUCGCUUUGGAUAAAAGCGUCUGCCAAAUGCGUAAAUGUAGUAUUUCAUAUUCACAUGCAGCUUUACGUGGGUUUAGAGGCCGCCAAGACAGCAGACUAUAAUUCAUAAUUACAAUGAUAUCAGGAAAACGAGAUGCCUAGUGAGUUUUGAGGAUAUAUACAAUAAAGUGUUAUGCUUCCAGUUCAUAUUUAUAAUUUAUAGAUUAUAAUCGUGGUGGCAUUUUAUGUAUUGUUUCUAUCUUUAAAUGUUUGUUUAUAUUUUAAGAAGUCUCUCUUCUGCUUUUCUUUAACCUGUUUUAUGUAGGUGUGUAAAUACAUAAUGAAAUUGUUGUUUGCAAGAGGCAGACUAAAUUAAUAAAACAUUCUAAAGGCCUCUAAUUGUGUCACCUUAUGAAUUUGUUUUGUUGUAGCGUUUAAAAAACAUCAAUGUCAUUUGAAUGUAUUGGUACUGUUUUAUGAGGUGUACUUUCUGUGAAUGUAAAGAAAGGGGUAUAAUACUGUACAUUCACCAUGAGUCUAAAAGAAACAUAAAGUACUUGACUUAUAAGUGGACUUAAUUCUUUAAAAGGAGACUGUAUGCAAGAGCGACAUCAUUAUGUUCCUCCUCAGCUGCACACAAGUCACCCUCAGGUACAUUUAUGUAACCGAGAUAAUAAAAUCGCUAAAAGUUUCCCUGUACAGUAACUAGGCAGCAAUGUUUGCAUUUAGCAUGUUAAUUUCUCACAACCCAAUAAUCUGUAAUGUGUCUUUAUUGGAUGUUAUAAUGCAAGUUAUUCGUUCCUUUUUAAGAAAAUAAUCGUAAUAGUCCAUAAAAUAAUACCUGACAAAAAAUAUAAAGCACACAAUGAACGAGCUAAGACAGAAUUGCUACUGUACAGGAAUAAAACUUUUAGCGAUUUUCUUUAUUAUCUGAAUUACAUUCAUUUACCUGAGGGUGAGGAGGACGAUGAUGAGGAAGACGCUUGGAUCCACACUGCGCAUGACUUACCAACUUCAAAUACCAAUUACUGAUAUACUAACUAAAUAAGAAAGUAGUUUUAAGUACAAACAAUAAAGAUAACAGCAUGCAGAUCGUUCUCUAAAAUUUGUUGCACUGUAAUGUCUUCACUAUCGACUUCCUUGUCAGGGAGCUAUCAAUCAAAA